ACCAUCCUCUUCUUCCCCUUUCUUUCUUCUUCUUCUUUUUUUUUUUCUCUCUCUCUCUCUCUCUCUCUCUCCUCCAUCAUCCUCCUCCAUCAUCCUCCUCCAAGAGAACCCAGGUUUGGAUUUUGGAGAACCCAAAUCAAGUUCUCUAGGAGAAACGGUCAGGGUUCUCGAAUUUGGGUUCUGUUGCAAAACCCGAUCUGGGUUCUACUGAAUGGCCAAGGUGGCGGAAAAGGAAGGGAGGGACCCACAGUUGCAACGACAAGAUCCAAAGCAACCUACUGUUGGAGCGACAGUGGCUAUUGUUGAGGUAUUGUUUAGAAUAAUGAAGAUUGUUGCUGCUGUUGCGACUACAUUGGUGGCUUCUAGAGUAAGGAAAGCAAGAACUCACCACCGUUGGGAUUCAAAUGCGACUCAUGCUUCCCUCUCAAAGGAAGAAAGCAUGGAGGAAGCUGCAACCACUGCCCCGUCCUACAAGGAUAAACUCCUUGUGGAUGGAGUUGUGGAGAACUCUAGUGAUGACCUCUCAUUUGAUGCUAUUCUUGAUUAUCUUGAUGAAGGUUUAGAUGUGGAUGAUGACCCAGAGGACCCAAACCCUGUUAUCCUCUUUUCAAAAGAGGAAAAAAGACGAAUGAGGGAACCAUGGACAAAAGCUCUUAUCAUCAAGACUUUCGGCAAGACAGUGGGAUACAAUUUCCUUUAUGGAAGCAUUAAAGCUCAAUGGAAACCCAUAGGUGCAUUAAAUGUGAAAACCUUCUUCAAGCUUGUUAAAUCAACAAAUUCAAGAGUGACCAUUGAAAAGCCUUCUCAAAUCCAACCAAAUGGUGGUCUGGUGGAAGAUCUAGCUAUUUCCAGUGUAGAUAAAGGAAAGCAGCCUAUUGCUCAAACUUCCACCAGCCUAGAAGAUUCUUUACUUACUGUUAAGGAUAGAAUCAAAAAUCUAGAAAAAGGCUCCGGUUUUGCUAAGCAAAAUCCCACUUUGUCUAAGACUCCCAAGCUCCCUUUAGAGAUUAAGCAUGGAGUAGCUUCAGGAGACAACAACCUUCUUUCAGGUCAGUUUAAACCUUCAAAUCCUUCUAUUUCACAACAGAAAUGUACUACGCUGGAGCAAGCCUUAGAUUUGAUAUUAUCAUGGGGAAAGAAGACACACCCACAGUGGAAGGAGGAAGUGAUGUUUCAAGUAUGGCACAGACCUAUGCUGACCCUAAAGUCUAUCAAUCCAGCUCCUUUUCUAAGCUCAGUGCUAGCUUCGAUGGCGGUUCCCUCAGUUUUGACAGAUCUAUGUAACAUGCAAAAACUAGGAUCCACUUUCGAAGGAGCAAACACAGAAGGGAAACUAGCCCUUACUCAACUCCUAAAGUUCACAGCUCAGGCAUGGGAGAAGCAUCUUCAAGUUUCUGUAAUGAUGUGCAAAAUGGAGAUGAUCCAUGUCAUCGGCAAGACCUUAGUCUCACUCGAAAUCAAGAAGGAGCUGGACUACGAAUGCAUGAUGCUUCCAUACCAAUUUCUGGAUGCGUUAAUGAUGCUGUCGCACAAGCACUCUCCUUCUAUCAUGCUUAUCUUGGAAACAAAGCUAGCUGGUUCGAUUGCGAGGGAGGCAACUGCUAAGUGUGGUUUUCCUUAUUGCAAUGUGGUUGACUUCGAAGGAAGAGCUAAAGGUCUUUGGCUAUUAUGGAAUGAUGAGGAUGUCUGCAUCAAUGUGGUGACCUCUACAUAUCAGGCCAUUCAUGCUAUCGUAAAGGAGCUUAAUGCUCUUGUUGGUAUCCAUCAAUCCCUUUCCCUUAAACCUUUUACCUUUCUUACGACCUUAGAAAGGGACCUCACCUGGGAAUAUGAAAGAAUUCUUAAACUUGAGGAGGAUCUAUGGUUUAUGAAGUCCAAGACUAAUUGGAUGGUGGAUGGAGAUCGUAAUUCAAAGUUUUUCCAUCUCUCUACUAUAUGCCAUCGUAGUCAUAAUCGAAUCCAUUGCCUUAGAGUCUCUACAGAUGAAUGGAUUAAUGAUCAAGGGGCUAUCACCAACCUCAUUAAGGACCAUUUUAAGAAUCUAUUUUCCUCAUCCUUGCUCUGCUCUUACCAUGAUUCCUUCUCUAAUCUUGGUGUGUCUAGUAUGGCUUUUGGGGAGUUAUCUAUGUUGGAUGCUAUCCCAAAUGACAUGGAAAUUCAUGAUGCCUUGUUUGGAUUGAAAUCCUUUAAGGCACCAGGUCCUGACAGUCUUCAUCUUGGAUUCUUUCAAAAGUUGUGGGAAUCUGUUAAAAAUACCCUUUGCACUGAUAUCAAAAACAUCUUUGCUUCUGCCACUAUUCCUAUUGAGUGGAAUGAGUGCUUAGUCACCCUUAUUCAUAAAACAAAAAGUCCUGAGACUGUUCAUCAGUUUCGUCCUAUUGGCUUGUGUAAUAGCACUUAUAAAAUCAUUUCUAAAAUUCUCGUCAAUAGAAUGAAACCUGUCUUAGACUCUAUUAUGUUGCCUUGCCAAGCGAGUUUUGUCCCUGGUAGAAAAGGUAUUGAUAAUGUGCUAAUCUUGCAAGAACUUGUGUACUUCUUUUCUAAAAAGAAAGGGAAGGAUGGUGACAUGAUUGUGAAGUUGGAUUUAGAAAAAGCGUAUGAUAGACUCGAAUGGAGCUUUAUUAGGGAAGCUCUUAUGCUCUUUAAAUUACCUGCUAACUUUAUUUCACUAAUCUUAAGCUGUAUGUCCUCAUCUUCUAUCUCUAUUCUUGUUAAUGGAGAAAGAACCAAUAGUUUCCUCCCUUCUCGAGGCAUCCGACAAGGGGACCCUAUUUCUCCUUACUUAUUUAUUUUAUGCAUGGAAUAUCUAUCUAUCAAAAUUUCUACUACUAUGGCUGCUGGAAGAUGGAAAGGUUCCAAGGCAGGUAAGAAAGGUCCUACUUUAUCUCACCUUUUCUUUGCUGAUGAUUUGAUUUUUGUAGGUAAGGCCUCUCAAUCUAACUGUCAUUAUCUCAAGGACACUUUGGAUUUCUUCUGCUCUCGAUCUAGUCAACAAGUUAAUACUUCCAAGUCCAUAAUUCUCUUUUCUAAGAAUGUUGACCAGAACACCCAUCUUAAUAUUUGCCAAGAUCUCAGUUACCAGCAAACUAAUGAGAUUGGUAAAUAUCUUGGUAUCCCCAUUUCUCCCAAGAGAAUUUCCAAGACUAACUGCCAAUUUAUCUUGGAAAAAAUUCGCUCAAAACUUUCUGGAUGGAAAACAAAAUUUUUCUCUAUGGCUGGUGGACUUACUCUUAUUUCAUCUGUCCUUACUUCCAUCCCUAACUUUUAUAUGCAAGUGAUGUGGCUCCCUUCCUCAAUCCAUAAGGAAAUUGAUAGAAUCUCUAACAAUUUCUUAUGGGGCUCUGUUGAUGCCAAACACAAGCUACACCUUAUUGGUUGGGAUACUAUGUGCCAACCAAAAGCUCAUGGCGGCCUUGGACUUCGCAUGAUUAAGAAUGUUUCUAAGGGAACCCAACUAUUUAAAUUGGGUAUCAAAUGGAUUCCUCGUAAUGGCCAUUCUAUUCGAUUUUGGUUUGAUCAUUGGGUUGGCAAGAGCUCUCUUGAGUCUAUUUUCUUUGGCCCUUUCAUUCGUAAUGCUGCUAGUAUCCUUCUUGCUGAUGUCUUACAAGAAGGUGUUUUGGAUCUGGAUACCAUAGGAUACCAUUUUCCUCAAGAUAUGCUUCUUGAAAUCCUCACUAUUCCUAUGUCACAUUCUGAUUCUAGAGUUGAUGACUUUUCUUGGAGAGAAGAAUCUAACGGUAUAUUUUCUUCAGCUUCUGCCUAUAAGACUUUUACUUUCCAUGGAUGUGGUGGUUUGAUUAGAGACUCACAAGGGCAAUGGGUUGUUGGAUUUAUGAGAAAUAUUGGCCAUACUACUUCUCUUGCUGCUGAGUUAUGGGUUAUCAGGGAUGGUCUUUCUAUGGCUAAUUAUCUCCAAAUCCAAAAUUCUAUUGUGGAAAUUGACUGUCAAGUUGCUCAUGCUCUUUUAUCUGGUACCUUUAAUCCUCACCACCCUCACAGUACUCUAAUUUUGGAUUGUAGGGAACUUUUGUGCACUCUCCCCUGGGUUCAACUGAAGCAUGUUAUGAGGAAGAGUAAUAUGGUUGCAGAUGCGUUGGCAAAAAAAGGGGCUCGUUCCUCUUAUGGUCUUCAUAUUUUGUAUGAUUGUCCACCUAAUGUGGACCUUUUGUAUACUGCUGAUAUUGUAGGGGUCUGUUACCCCAAAUCUUAAGUAUUUAUAAUAUGUUUCUCCUUAUUACAAAAAUAAUAAUAAUAAUAAAAUAGGGGGAGUACA